AUGGAUUCAACGCUUUCAUCCCUCUACGAACCACUGGACUCGUCCAGAUCUGAGAUUCGCGUGCUCAAGGUUCCACCCGAGAAUGGCGAGAACUUUGAGCUGAUCAAAGUAUCUCUUGAUGAGGGACUGCAUUUUGUUGCCCUGUCGUACGUCUGGGGGGACAUGAACGACAGGAUACGUAUCACAGUCCAUGGUCGAGCUGUUUCUGUCACCAAGAACCUCAAGCUGGCCCUCACUCGACUUCGCGAUCGACUCGCAAGACGGGCUCCGGAUCGACCUCACCAAAAUUUCUACGCCAAUCCCACCCUGCCUACAUUCCGUCCUGAGUGGCUGCGAUACCGCCCGGGGCUCUGUCGACAGGAUCCUGAUAAAGCCGGAACUCCUUUCCACAACGCUGCUUGGGAGGCCAUUUCUGUUCUCCUAAGCGAUCAGUACUGGGAGCGUGUGUGGAUAUUCCAGGAAGUUGCCUUGGCUUGCAGACUGAGGCUGUUGAGCAUGGGAGACCGCAUCUUGGAUUGGAACGACCUCGAGUUUGUAUGCGUGACCCUUGCAAAAUGGAAGGAGGAAAUUGCCGAAGCCAACACUGGAAAGCCUGACUUCUUGCACGAGGGAAUCUGGUUUGCUUUGACUAGGCAAAAGAUUAGAUGGGAGAGAAUUCAAAACUUAACCCUGGCACGCAUCGAAGUGGCCAAGACGAGAAACUCACCGGCUGGACACCGGACCGCUCGCUGGGCCCUUGCAACUGUUGCAGCCGACCUCAAGGCCACAGACCAUAGAGACUACAUCUAUGGUCUCCUGAGCGUCUCGGGUAUUCCGAUAGUCCCUGACUAUAGGAGAACUCUGUCAGAGCUCUACACUGAUUAUGUUUAUCACUGGCUGGAAGCUUCUCGCGCCGGGUUUGCUGGCCUUAACUUGAGCUCGCUUGGCUUCUUGGCCGUUGCUGGCGUCGGUCCCUUCGGAUUUUCCUCUGAUUUCCCCACCUGGGCCCCUAACUAUCCCCAAAACAACCAAGGCCAGACUCCAAUCGCUCGGAUUCCUAUCGGUGCUCCUCGACAAGACAUUUUCCCCAACGAUCCAAACAAGAUCCCUGUCCUGGCCAGGGAGACCAAGAGUCUGUGGACUUGGGGACUUGAAAUCGACUCUCUAUCGUCUGUUUCUCCGAUGGUUGAGGUGUUCGAUCAGAGGUUCUUCGCCUUCGCUACUAACUUCAUGUCUCGACACCGGCAGUACACGGAAGGAAUUCCGCCGCUGCAGGCAAUACUUCGACUAUUAACCUGGGAUUUCGAUGGACCUGUAACCAAGUCUAUGAUUCUAAGCGGCUUUGGCUUGCUUACAACCCUUGACGAGUUGGAUAUAGAGAAGCGGUAUGACUUCCUUCGACAUGCCGACUUUGAGAGCCGAUUUGCCGAGCUUCUGUUCCUGGAUACCGAUUUUUCUAAACUCGGGUUUGAAGGCAACCUACUAUCGACUUUUGCGAGACAGAGACGACAGGGGGGUAUCUUGGCAUAG